AUGUCUUCUGGGGACAUGGCUGCAGCGUGCCGGGCAGCAACCGUAUCUGACCUGUCUCCGGCGGAAAUCGCUCUGUUGCAGAGGGCUAUGAAUGGCGAGCUGUCAGGAGAAGUCGUGCCCCCGCCGACCGCUGUCAGAACAUCGGAAUCCACGCCACCUCCCGCCGUUUCAUCCGCGGCGCCGCAGCCGGCGCUAGUGGUGAAGGAGGAGAUUCAGCGUGCCCGGCUCUACAGCCUUGCAGAGUCCGACUUCAUCGAAGGCCCUGGUGUGUCUGCGGAAGCUGCGAAACGCAAGUUGCACCAGGAGAUCUUGAAGAGGGAGGGCGCGAUCUUGCAGCACAUGAUGUGGCCUGCUUCCCCUUCUGCGCCACUGCAAGCCCUUCGGGUGCCUCGCUCUCCGCCCAAGGAGGCGCCGGCCGUUUCCUCGAAGGCUUGCACGCAGGAGCCAGGCACCGCCGCGGCUGAAGAGCAUAAGACUGCAGCUCGCGGUGGGCGUUCUGCGAAAAGCAGGUCGCCUGCACACCGGCCGCAGACACGAAGCUUCGAAGACCCGUCGAUGCGCACGCGACUGGCACUGGCCAUGCGCAAGGCGCAGCGCGAGCAUUCGGCCGCGGACAUCGCCGCUCAACAAGUGCGGCAGCUCAGCACAAGCACUCGACGGGACCGCAGCGUCGCUACGAAGAGGCUGCGCAAGGCGGCACAAGCUAUUGAAAAUACACGCCUGGCUUUCGAAGCCGUCAUCCGCAGAGAGUCCGUCAGCCACGCCCGGACCACGCGCACACAGAAUGCGCAGUUGCGCCCGCCCGCACGAGGCAGACGCGCCCCGAAGCGGAAGUGUCUUUGA